AUGUUUUCAACAAUAUUAUUGCUACUAGGUGCAGCGGUUAUAUACUUUGUAUUCAAUAUCGUAUCGGGGCUUAGAGCCAACAUUACCGCCGCUAAACGAUCCGGCUUCCCUUACUUCGUCGUUCCUAUUAGUCCAUGGAACCGAAUAGGUCAAAUAUUUCAUAAAUUUUGGUCCCGCUUGUUCAGACUUCUUCCUCGCAAAUAUUGGGAAGACAUUGAACCUAUUUUGAAUCCUAACUGGCAGUACGCGGAGAACCACAAAAUAUUCGCUAAACUCGGAGAUACCUUUUUGGUUGUUUCCCCAGGGAGAAUCAUAUGUUUUACGGAAAAUGCAGAGGCAAUUCACCAGAUUACGUCGAAGCGAGAGGCCUUCCCGAAGCCGACAAAGUCCUAUGCUAUUCUUGCGCAAUAUGGCCAGAAUGUAGUGACGCUUGAGGGCGCCGCUUGGCGCAUGCACCGCAAGAUUACAUCGGCUUCUUUCAACGAGAGGAAUGCCGCAUUGGUGUUCAGGGAGUGUAUCAGCCAGACGCAGGGGUUGAUUAACAUCUGGCUCGGCUCCGAUGGUUUGGGAAACAAGACAUUUAAGACUCUCGAGCACGAUACAGCAUCUCUCAUGCUAAACAUCAUCGCAAACAUCGGAUUCGGCCUCAAGAUCCUCUGGCCCGGCCAAGAGUUCCCGCCCGACGCCGACCCGAGAUUAACCAAGUACGGAACUCACGAACCGCCUCCAGGACAUACGUUGAGUUUCGUAGAAGCAUUGGCUCGUACCCUGAAAUAUCUCAUCCUCCUUCUGAUCGCGCCGAAAUGGAUACUCAAAAUUAUCCCUAACGAGCACGCAAAACAGGCUCUGGAAGCAGAAGCGAACUUCUUAGGCUACAUGAACGAAUUCUUGCAGGAAAAGAUCGAAGACGUGCAGAAAGGAAAUAACGCGGAACAGGGUCUUGAUAUAAUGGGCUCGCUAGUCCGCACAAGUUACGGAGAUGUGCCAGCCAACGGAUCAACUAAAAAAGGAACCUCAGUUGCACGACUAUCGGACUCGGAAAUCAUAGGCAAUGCAUUUGUGAAUAUAGUAGCAGGACAUGAGACUACAGCUAACGUUCUCCAUUUUACACUCGCCUACCUAGCAUCUAGUCCGGCUUCUCAAAGGAGAUUGCAACGGGAUAUCGAUAACCUUCUAGGAAACACGGACGCAGAGACGUGGGAUUAUGACGCGUGUCUGAACCCUCUACUGGGUUCAAUGGUUGGUGCUGUUAUUAACGAAACACUUCGUUUACUACCGCCUGUAGUGGAUAUACCGAAGAUGGUAACCCCGGCGCAAGACCAAUCCAUCACGAUACAAGGAGUGGGACACGUACUCCCUCGCGACUCAUCUAUUGGCGUAGUGGUCGCAGCCGCACAGCGCAGUCCGAGAUACUGGCCGACUAAGCCAAGUAAGGUCACUAGUGCUGAGACGGACAUUAAUGACUUCGUUCCUGAGCGAUGGUUCCAAACGGAUUCAACGAAGGGCAGUAGCACUGCAGUCGAAAACGGGGACACGGAGGACUUUGGCGGCUACACCGGAUCUGAUACGAGCGCACAGCUGUAUCGCCCGCCGCGGGGCUCGUUCAUCCCUUUCUCAGACGGCGCACGAGCGUGCUUGGGUCGCCGCGUAGCAAUCGUGGAGCUAGUAUCGGCAUUGGCAGUCAUCUUCCAGAAGUAUAGCAUCGAGCUCGCAGUAGACGAGUGGGCGAGCGAUGAAAAGGUCGCGAAUAUGAGCCAAUACGAGAAGGCGAGCUUAUACAAACUGGCGCAAGAGAAAUCGAGGGACACAGUGAAAGAGGCUAGAAGCUAUAUUACGUUAAAGCUACAUGGGGAUAAGUAUAUCCCUGUGAGAUUGGUUAAGAGAGGCAGCGAGAGGUUUGUCAAUUGUAUCGAUUCAUGA